AAGGAAGCGCUAGAACUGUGCUGUGAAGACGGUAACUUUUGGGUCCAUUAUUACAGGGAGGAAUAUGGAUUUCUGAACCGUUGACGAAGCCUCGCCCUCCGACGAAUGAGGACAAACCCAGCCUGCUUCUCUCCUUCCACACUGAGUCCAAACCUACAGUCACUGGGUCCUGAUUGUGACAGUGGAGCCCAGUUUGCUCUGCAGGAUCCAGAGAUGACAUCAGUGAAGCUGGAAGACUGCAGUCAAAAACUGGAACUGAAUGUCAACAUUAAAGAUGAAGAAGAGGAGAAAUCGGUUUCUCUUAGACAACUGGAAUUAAGUCUGAGGCCGGUAACAUCAAUAGUGAGGACAAACCCAGCCUGCCUCUCUCCUUCCACACUGAGUCCAAACCUACAGUCACUGGGUCCUGAUUGUGAGAGUGGAGCCCAGUUUGCUCUGCAGGAUCCAGAGAUGGCAUCAGUGAAACUGGAAGACUGCAGUCAAACACUGGAGCUGAAUGUCAACAUUAAAGAUGAAGAAGAUAAGAUUGAGAAAUAUCUUUCUCAUGGAGACAAUGUUGAGACAUUCUCGACAUCCAGAGAACAACAGCAGGAAGCUCACAGAGCUAAGAGGUCUCACCACUGCCCACAUUGUGAGGAGAAUUUUUCAAUUCUAUCAAAGCUAAAAUUACAUGUAAAAAUACACACAGGAGAGAAUCUGUUUUCCUGUACUGACUGUGGGAAGAAUUUCACAACCUCAAAGGCUCUGACAGUUCAUCAGAGAGUGCACAGAGGAGAGAAGCCUUAUUCCUGCUCUGACUGUGGGGCGAGAUUCUCUCAACUGGGCACCUUAAAAAGACAUGAACGUAUACACACAGGAGAGAAGCCUUACUCCUGCUCUGACUGUGGGGCGAGUUUCUCUCAACUGGGCGACUUAAAAACACAUGAACGUAUACAUACAGGAGAGAAGCCUUACUCCUGCUCUGACUGUGAAAAAUGCUUCAAAAGAUCAACUGCUCUAAAAGUUCACCAAAGAAAUCACACAGGAGAAAAGCCUUACUCCUGCUCUGACUGUGGAAAGAGUUUCUCUCAACUGGGCGACUUAAAAACACAUGAACGUAUACAUACAGGAGAGAAGCCUUACUCCUGCUCUGACUGUGAAAAAUGCUUCAAAACAUCAACUGAGCAAAAAGUUCACCAGAGAACACACACAGGAGAGAAGCCUUACUCCUGCUCUGACUGUGGAAAGAGCUUCUCUCAACUGGGGGACUUAAAAACACAUGAACGUAUACAUACAGGAGUGAAGCCUUAUUCCUGCUCUGACUGUGGAAAGAGUUUCUCUCAACUGGGCCACUUAAAAACACAUGAACGUAUACAUACAGGAGUGAAGCCUUACUCCUGCUCUGACUGUGGAAAGAGUUUCUCUCAACUGGACAACUUAAAAAGACAUGAACGUGUACAUACAGGAGUGAAGCCUUACUCCUGCUCUGACUGUGGAAAGAGUUUCUCUAAACUGGACAACUUAAAAAGACAUGAACGUAUACAUACAGGAGAGAAACCUUAAUCCUGCUCUUAAUGUGGCAAGAGUUUCUCCCGAUUGGGCAAUGUAAAGACACACCACCGGAUACACACUUGACUGAAGCCUUAUCACUGCACUGACUGUGAGAAGAGAUUCUACAGAUUGGGCCAUUUAAAAAGACACCAAUGUAUACAUGAAGGAGAGAAGCCUCAUCAGUUCUCUCAGACCAGCUAAGAUUAGACACUCCACUUAAUUGUCACGUCAUUAAAUAAUUGGCAAAUGAAGCGUAGAGCGCUCUAUUGUAAAAGGACACCUGCUCUUUCCAUGACAGACUGACCAGUUGAACCCAGGUGGGCUAAGGAAUGAAAACACUGGACACUGAAAAUUGUAAAACUGUUGCCUGGUCUGAUGAAUCCCUGUUCCUGCUGUUUCAUGCUGAUGGGAGGACUGGGGUAUGGAGGAAACCACGAGGACAUACAUCCAGUGGUGGAAAAAGUACCUAAAUAGAAAAUGACUCAAUUAAAAGUGAAAGUCACCCAGUAAAAUACUACUGGAGUAAAAGUCUAGAAGUAUUUGAUUGUAAAUAUACUUAAGAAUCAAAAGUAAAAGUGUGAAUAAUUUCAAAUUCCUUAAAUUAAGCAAACCAGAAGGCACAACUGUCUUGUUUUUUUAAUAUUACAGAUAGCCAGGA